UUCGACCUUCCUCUUCCUCUGUCAACCAACGAAUAAUACCCGACAAGAUCUUUUCCUUUUUCUCUUCUGGUUUCUUCGUGGUUUUGUGGAGGCUUUCAGCAUCUUCGAAUCAUUCAGAAGAUGCGUUAGAGAGUCUGCUCUGAAUCUUCGGAACAGAAGAGUCUUCAAAUCUCGAAGACUCUACUGACUAGGCAUGGCUGCUGAUACCACAGCUUCAAGCUACUGGUUGAAUUGGAGGGUUCUUCUCUGUGCAUUAAUCCUCUUAGCUCCACUAGUUGCAGCAGCUAUUCUCAUAUGGAGAUAUGAAGGCAAAAGAAGAGAACGCGAAGGCCAGCGAGAAUUACCCGGGACAUUGUUCCAAGACGAAGCUUGGAUCACAUGUCUCAAAAGACUCCACCCUCGUUGGUUGCUUGCCUUUAGAGUGUUCUCAUUUGUUGCAAUGCUAUCUCUACUUAUUUCCAAUGUUGUGCGCGAUGGAGGAGGCAUAUUUUACUUCUAUACUCAGUGGACAUUUACUCUUGUCACACUCUACUUUGGGUAUGCUUCGUUGUUAUCUAUUUACGGAUGCUGCUUCUACAAUAAAGAAGCUGGUGGUAACAUAGAGAGUUAUAUAAGUAUAGGUGAUGCUGAACAAGGAACUUAUAGACCACCAGUCACCACCCUUGAUGGUGCGGGAAAUACGUCAAAACCUGCCAAUACACAUUCAGAAGUAUCAGUCCGAGAAACAGCGGGUUUUUGGGUUUACAUCUUUCAGGUCCAUUUCCAAACUUGUGCCGGUGCUGUUGUGCUUACAGAUAUUGUGUUUUGGGCGUUAAUCUACCCCUUUACUAAAGGUUACAGGCUGAGUUUUCUCGAUGUUUGUAUGCAUUCUCUCAACGCUGUUUUUCUCCUCGGUGACACAUGUCUCAAUUCCUUGCGAUUCCCGAUGUUCCGGAUCUCUUACUUUGUAAUUUGGAGCUGCAUUUUCGUGACUUACCAAUGGAUAAUCCAUGCCUUCAAGAACUUAUGGUGGCCAUACCAAUUUCUUGAUCUGUCCUCACCGUAUGCACCCUUAUGGUACUUGGGAGUGGCUGUGAUGCAUUUACCGUGCUUCGGCGUAUUUGCUUUGAUCAUAAAGCUGAAGAAUUUCUUGCUACAGCGUUACAGGUCGUGAUGGUUUUGGGUUCCCCGAGUCCAAUUAUUCAUAUUUCUAUCUGUUGAGAUUCACACUCGAGGAGACGGGAGACGAUGGUCAUGGACUCAUGGAUGGUCAAGGCAAACACAUAAGUCAGAAAAGGUCAAACUUUUCUUUGUGGAUAAGAGGUUAGCCGGAAGAAAGAAGAGUAAAUGUCAUGGGAUCUCAAGUCCAAACGUUUAUUUAGGUCUUGUAAGAAAAAACAAAAUAAACGUUUGACAGAUUUUCUAUGUUAUACAAAUCAAAUGGUUGAAGCUGAAA